AUGGCAUUAAAACGAAUUCAAAACGAACAUAAUGCAGCCAAUGUGUAUGACACAAACAAAUUUCAUGAAGAAAAUGAGUGCACUAACGUUAUCACGAAAUGCAAAGAGAAACUGAAAGCUAAACAAUAUGAAAUCAGUGAAAUGAAUUGCAAAGAGAAGGAAAAUCAUGAAGUGAAUUUGAAAUGCAAAGUGACUAAAGCAUGUGACGCGAAUUCGAAUUUCAACGGUAAUGACAACAAUGUUGUGAAUUUGAAAGACAAUGAGAAUGAAAUCAAUGAUGUAAAUCUGAAUUGUAAAGGAAGUGUAAACAGUGAAGUGAAUUUGAAUUUUGAUAAGAAUGAAAUCAGUGAAAUGAAUACAAAUUGUGACCAGAAUGAAAUCAGUGAAGUGGAACUGAAUUGUGAUCAGAAUGAAAUCAAUGAAGUGAAUCUGAACUGUGACCAGAAUGAAAUCAAUGAAUUGAAUUUGAAUUGUCAGCAAAAUGAAAUCAGUGAAGUUGAUUUCGAAGCUCAUGAAACUAUUGAAGUGAAUCUGAAAGGGGGUGGAAAUAGUAAAGUGAAUCUGAAUAGUGAAGAUGAUGAAACUGACGCAAACAAUAACUAUAAAGCAAAUAAUGAGAAUGAAGUUGCCAUGAGAAACAAAAACAAAUUAGUGAAGUGA